AUGGCUGCUCUAGUAGAGUUUGCAAGACGUCCUGGUCUUGGUAGCCUGGGUAGGACCACACGCGUCCGUACAAACUUCUUUGAAGUUCUUUCCCUACCAGACGGCAAUAUAAUGCAUUAUGAUGCUACCAUAACACCUGACGUUCCUCCUGCUCUAAACAGAAGAAUUUUUCAAGAGCUUGAAACUAUUUAUGGAGCCUCCGCUUUAGCGGGAGCAAGACCCGUUUAUGAUGGACGUAAAAAUAUUUUUUCAUCAAAAAAUUUUGCCUUUGGUGACGCUUAUACAUUCGAUAUCACAUUACCCGAGGAUGACGGUGCUCCUUCUGGUAAACGUCCUCCACGAGCUUUUAAAGUUAGGAUCAAAAAAGUUGGCGAAAUAAAUAUGGAAGAACUCCACAGAUUCCUUAAUAAUGGAGGUUCAGAAACCUCAAAUUGUUUGACUGCCAUUACCGCCCUUGACGUUCUUAUAAGAUAUCGUCCAUCAUUACGAUAUGAAACUUUUGGUCGUUCCUUUUACACAUCAGGUGGCGCAAUGCAAAUUUCUGGUGGUGCUGAAAUAUGGCAGGGUUAUUAUCAAUCCGCUCGUCCGACUAUGAGGAAGAUGAUGAUUAAUAUUGAUUUGAGUGCUACAGCUUUUUAUAGAAGUGGCAAUCUUGUAGAUACUGUAGUAUCAUUAAUAGGUUGUAGAUCUCCUGAUGACCUUCGUAGAGGUUUGCAAGAAAGAGAAAGAAUUAUGGUCGAAAAAGCACUAAAAAAUCUAAAAAUUCGUGUCAUUCAUCGUGGUGAUACUCCUGCUUCAAGGCGAAAACAUAAAAUAAUAAAACUUACACAAACAUCUGCGAAUAAUACAAGAUUCGAUAUAGGUGAAACAACUCAAGAUGUUGCAACUUACUUUCAAAACCAAUAUCAUAAGCGUCUACAAUAUCCAUUUCUUCCUUGUGUUGUCGUAAGAAAGGAUGUAUUCUUUCCUAUGGAAGUUUGUGAUGUUGUAGAGGGGCAACGUCAUAUAAGGAAACUUAAUGAGAAACAAGUUGCAGAUAUGAUUAGGUUUACAUGUCAGGCUCCAAAUUCCCGUGCUAAUAAGAUAAUGCAGGGUGUCGAAAUCCUUGAUUAUCGAAGAAACGAGUAUUUGCAACAAUUUGGAAUGCAAAUUGCAAGAGAAAUGGCUGUAAUUCCAGCUAGGAUUUUACCAAUUCCUAGAAUAGAGUAUCACCCAUCGUCUCGUGAACCUAUUUUUCAGCCAAAAGAUGGCGUAUGGAAUCUAAGAGACAAGAAAGUUGCUACAGGUGCUACUCUUGGUUCUUGGUCUGUUGUUGUAUUUGGUCAUGAAAAUCAGUAUCCACCUCAGGCCGUUCAAGCAUUUAUUAGGGAGCUUGUCGUCACAUGUCAAGACACAGGCAUGAAUAUUCCUAAUAGAACGCCGCCAAUAAAACAUCAUAAUCCUCAAGGGAAUAUUGAGGAUUCAUUAAAACAAAUGUGGCUUCUUGCUGGAAAUACAGCGAAAGCACAUCCUCAACUUAUAUUAUGUGUUCUACCGAAUACUGGUGUUGACUUAUAUGCAGAAAUCAAGCGAGUUUGCGAUACAAUCAUCGGUGUCGCAUCACAAUGUAUUCAGGCUAAACAUAUUACAAAUCAACUUCCUUUUGUAACUGAUCGCCCUACAAUUCUUAUGGGGGCUGACGUUACACAUCCCUCAGCUACCGAUCCAUCUCGACCGUCCAUUGCUGGUUUAUGUUCUUCUGUCGAUGCCAAAGCAUCUCAAUAUGCUGCUGCCGUUCGUAUUCAAGAAGGAAAAUCCGAAAUAAUAGCGGAUCUUUCCAGUAUGAUUAAACAAUUGUUAAGAACUUUUUAUCAAUCAUGUGGUAGAAAACCAGAAAGAAUUGUAUUUUAUCGGGAUGGUGUGUCGGAUGGUCAAUUUGCACAGGUUCUUAAAAGCGAAAUAGAAGCAAUAAAAGGCGCAUGCCAAGGAUUAGACUCUCAAUAUAAACCAACAAUAACGUUCAUCGUUGUACAAAAACGACAUCAUACUCGUUUCUUCCCAAUUGAAAAAAGAGAUGCUGACAGAACUGGAAAUUGUCUUCCUGGGACGGUUAUAGAAUCAGACAUUACUCAUCCGUAUCAGUUUGAUUUUUAUUUGCAAAGUCAUGCUGGGCUUCAAGGAACUUCGCGCCCGACACAUUAUCGUGUGCUAUAUGAUGAAAAUAGUUUUACCCCUGAUACUUUGCAAACAAUGUCGUAUAAUUUAUGUUAUCUUUAUGCAAGGUGUACCAGGGCUGUCUCGCUGGUUCCGCCUGUUUAUUAUGCGCAUUUGGUGUGUAAUCGAGCUCGUUUUCAUGCACGUGGAGGAAAUUGGAGUGAUUCAGAGUCGUCUGGUGGUGGUGCUGGUGUGGUAGGAACAUUUGGAACUGUAAGACCAGAACUUGAGAGG